GUGUGCUUAUUUCAAAAGAGAGAGAAUGUAAGGAUCAAAAGUAGGUGAAAUAUGAGUUUCCUUAAGACGCAUGGAGGAGGAGGAGGAGGAGCUCCCGACAAUGGAGGAGGAGGGGGAGGAGGAGGAGGAGGAGGUCUCGAUGGAGGAGGAGGUCUCGCUGGAGUAGGAGGUCCCGAUGGAGGAGGAGGAGGAGGUCCCGACUAUGGAGGAGGAGGAGGAGGAGGAGGAGGUCCGGACUAUGGAGGAAGAGUAGGAGGAGGAGGAGGUCUCGACAAUGGAGGAGGAGGAGGAGGAGGAGGUCCCUGUGGAGGAGAAGGUCCCGAUGGAGGAUGAGGAGGAGGUCCCGACGAUGGAGGAGGAGGAGGAGGUCCCGACAAUGGAGGAGGAAGCAGAGGAGGAGGUCUCGACCAAUCAAUCAAUCAAUCAAUCAAGGAAUC